AUGAGUCUGUCAAUUACGUUCCUCUCGCUGAAUCUGUGCGGGCAAGAUCCCAGCGAUGGAAGCAAUCCUUGGGCUCGCAGAAAGGAGCUUUGUGUCGACCUACUCAAAAAGUUUCGCCCCAUCAUCUUCUGUAUUCAAGCCGGAUAUGACUACUUUGGGUGCUCAAGGAAGGGACCAGAUGACAAGGGCGACGAAUUUUGUGCAAUCUUCUUCGAUGCUACAAAGGUGAUGAAUACGCAGCUAGACGACAAGAGCAGUAAUGCAAGGAGGCGCGGUGCCCUUCUUGCUUGGCAGCAUGUAGCUUCGCUUCCACCAACACUGCCAGUGGUGUUUUGCGGAGACUUCAACACUGAUAAAGAGUCCGACGUUGGUCGAUUCUUCCUGGGCCGGUCAAGACUGUUGAACGAAAAAGGCGACUUGCGGGACGCCUGGCAAAGCGCACGACGGCGAAGGAAUGGGGGUAUCGUGCACACAAACCAUGGUUUUAGAGGGGAGGAACAAGGUUGCUGGGAGUGCUUCAAGCACUUUUACCGGGUCUUCUGCAUGUGUUGGGACCGAAACUAUCAAGACCUACACAGCGACUGGGUCUUCUUCAAAGGACGUCAACUGGCCCCCGUCUUUGCCGAAGUUGUGGUGGACAAUAAGGAAGGCCGCUUCCCGUCGGAUCACUAUCCCGUGUACAUCGAGUUCCUGCUGCCACGCAGCGUACGCCUCCUCGAGGGUUCGCUGGUUGGUUGA